GCUGUCAUCCUAUUGGACUGCUGCUGUGCUGGGCGCCUUCUUGAAAGCAUCUUUCAGCUCCGAUGGGCCACGCGUUUUGACCUUUACGUCCUGGCGGCAGCGAGCAAGGAUGAGAAAACGCAGUUCAAACGCGAACUCGGCGUUUUGAUAUUUACCUUCUUCAUGUCCUGCUUCUUGAACAGAGAGGGCGCACCGGGAACCUUCCCCAUCUCCGGAGCUCUUGAUCACUGCAAGGUUCUGUGUCCAUCUCUGGCACGUCUCCAGUAUCUGACACGGCAAGAGAUGGCAACAAUAUAUGAAGGCAAAUCCGGAUAUGGGAAUCCGCUCGGCAAGUACCGACCGAAGACUACAGAGUUGGCCGAAAUGGCACCCGUGAUUAAAUCGCACCUUCACCCUCUGACUCCACCAUUCAUCAACAAGCUGAUGGAUGAUCCUGAUGAUUAUGUGCUUCCUGCAGAGGUAUGCACGUAUUUUAAUGACACCACAGUGCAGAAUGUCCAAACCUUGUACGAACACGGUUACCUGAGUCCCGGGUUCGACAAAUACAAUGCGGUGCUCGACUGCGUGCUGAGGUUACUCGUGCAGAGCUCGGCAAGGAUACUGCUGGAUCUGCAGAAGCAACCGAGCGACGUCGAUCCACCCCAGCCAGAGGCUGCUGCUGCCGCUGCAAGUGGUGCUGAAGAGUUUGCGCUUUCACCGCCAGGCCACCCCGAUGUCUUUCUCAGGGUGCUGAAGUAUGUACUUCAUGUGUUUGAGGCACUUUCCAGUGUGCCACCUAAGCAGAAUUUAGUUCAGCUGCGUCAUGUUGCACUCAUGGCUUCAAAGUACGUACGGAGUACGAAGGAGUUCCGCAUGGUCGAGCUUCUCCCCAGUGCACAGGAGGCCAUUACUUUUUGGAACAUGGUGUACAGAGCUCACAAAAAAGUGUAUAAACAGCCAGUGGAGAAACUCAGCACCCUGCUGGAUGAUCCGGAUGGGACCACAUUGGACCAUGUUAAGGACCUGGCAUCUCUGCCGGAGCUGUGCAGACUCAUUGCACAGAACCUCGACAUACUGGCCAAAUCCAAGGAAGAGAAGUAGCUCAGCGGCAUCCCAGCUGCUCCACCUAUGUAUGAACAGCUCUCACGUGAACACGGGCUUAUUGCGUGAUCUAACAUAAGUACGAACUAAGUUCUUCGGUAGGAGGCGCGAGCUCCGACGUUCGGACCAGGCACAUUCUACAUCUAACUUAAAAUUUAAUAAUUCGUGUUUCUGGAUGUUCAGUCAGGUUGGAGUGCAAGAUCCCAUGUUGACAUGAGACAUGUAGGAUAACGUUCCUUGCACUCGUACUCUAACCCAGUUUGGACGCUCUAGACAACUCUACUAGUAUGUCUAUUUUUUGUAAUUUUUUCUCCUCUUUAUAGGAAAUCUCGCGCUUCUGGAUGCUGUGCAAUCUCCUUCUGAUAGAGCUGCUUGGCUCGAAAUUGUCAACAGAUGCGUUGACCUCAUGCAAUGAGUGAUAUGCGAACUGACAUUAUUAUUAUUAUUAUAGGAAAUCUAGUAUUUUUUGGUUAGGUGUUGGUGGAUAAUGUUGGCUGGAAAAGCGGAUUUUUGUAACUUUCUCUUCUAGCACGCUUCAUCCACGUGAUGCUGCCCGUAAACUUUCUAGGGUUAUGCUGCUGAUUUGAUGGUUUCCGGCCAAGGCAUGGCUGGUGCAGGAGCGGCGUUCGCCUGUGGCUAUCUAUGGUCCUCUCCGUAGCACAUGAGCGCAGUUAUAGGGCUGGACAAUCAUGCCUCUUAGAUAAUUGUAUUCAAGUUAUGAUCCCAAAAGCACACAAAUUAGCUACAAUAGUUUUCACAGGAGCAUUUUAGAAAAAAUAUUCUUACUACUGAAGUAUUAUUUCGACAGUUUGCUUGUUAGUGUCAGUACUUUUGUUUUUAGAGUGUUAGUAGGAUCUUUGUUUAUCUAUUCUCGUCUGUUUAGGGUAUUCCCCUCCACACAAUCAGUAUCAGGUUGCUAUCAGUACAUGUAUGGUGGAUUGUA